UGCCCAUACCAUGGAGAAGCUGGAAGUCCUAGCAUCUAUCACUAGAGUAGGUAUACCUUUUCCUUGAAUCAGGCCCCUCACCAACUCUACCAAAGCUCAGUUCCACUGUCGUCCGUAUCCUUGCGCAGAACCCAGGAAAAUUUACCUUACAAGGUGUGAAAUCGUCUCAUAAAGAUUGACUUCAUACCGAGUCCAUUCGCAGGGACCAACACAUACCUCAUUGGUAAACAGAACCCGUACACUUUGAUCGACACUGGGGAAGGGAAAGAGGAAUAUAUUGCAGUCCUAGAGAAGGCACUCAAGGAAACCGCCUCCAUCACGAACCCUCGAGAACCUGACAUCUCCGACGUCAUCAUUUCUCAUUGGCACAGAGACCAUGUAGGGGGACUUGCAACCGUCCUACCUAUGCUUCGCCGCCUGUGGGAGAUCAGAAAUCCGGGAGUUAAUUUCAAACCUCCUAGGCUGCACAAACUUCCGAUUCCUACCGGGCUCGAGCCAGCCCACGAGUAUUUUACCUUACCAUCCAUCCUUGAAUCGAUUCCCUCAAAUCUAUUCACCGCCACUCCGUCGGGACAAAUGUUCCAUGACUUCCAUGAUGGCCAGCGUCUAGCGCUGUCGUCCGUUCCCCUGCAAAUUCUCCACACCCCUGGUCACACAAUAGACUCUAUCUGCAUUUACAUUCCCGAUGACCAAGCGCUUUACACCGCCGACACAGUUCUCGGUCAGGGAACGGCUGUGUUUGAAGAUCUGGGGUCCUAUAUCUCCAGCCUGUACAAGAUGAAGGACUUCCAUAAUUCUUCCUCAGGGAAAAUGUACAAUGCUUUAUAUCCCGGUCACGGUCCAGUGGUUCCCGACGGAGUUCAGCUUAUAGAGACGUACAUCAAACAUCGACUCGAGCGCGAGGCACAAAUAUUGAAGGUUCUCCAAUCUCCUCCGCCUGUGCCCGCAGAAGAUGAACCGGACGACGGUUCUCCUCCUGCCUGGAGUACAUGGGCAAUAGUCAAGGAUAUAUACGCCGCAUAUCCGGAGUCAUUAUGGUUGCCAGCCGCCCGUAGCGUGGAACUGCAUAUGCGCAAACUGGAACAAGACGGGAUGAUCAAGAGGUUAGGAGGAGAUGGGAUAUACGUCAAAUGGGGAAUCAACGCGAGAUUGUAGUGACGAGGCUGGUAGUCAAUCUAGCCCUUGGGAGAGCCGGGUAACCCAGGUGUUGCAGUGGGUGGGUAGAUAACACUGCGACAACCACAUCACUUGUAAGCAUUUUGAAAAAAAGGAGAAUAGCCAUGGUUCUUGUUUACGCGACCUUGACACUGGACAG